AAAUAAUAAUAAUAAAAAUAUUGGGUUGGAAGGAGAAAAAAGUCAAAGGGAAAGUUAUAAUAGUUGAGAGAACCAACUAAAAUUCAACUGGCGCUUUUUCUUAGUGGAACCAUUACCAAAGGAAGUCCUUCCUUAAGCUCACAUUAAAACUCCCACUCUCUCUCUCUCUCUCUCUCUUUGCUUCCACUCUUCCCACCUUCCACCCAACCCAACUCUUUCAUUAAUUUUCUAAAUAUAUGCCAUAAUACUCUUUGCCCAACAAUAUAUACAUAUAUUCAUCCUUUAUGCUUCAAAUUUAUACCCAAUAUUCUCUCAAACUUUAUUUUCUUUUUCUCUUUCUAUUUCCCAACUUUCUCUCUUCUUCUCUGAUCCUUUUUAGGGUUCUCUUGGUUGGUUGAAGAACACUCAGAAUUUUAAGUCAGAAAUCGACUUAAAGUAAAAGAAGGGUGACAUAAGGGAACUUUUAAACUAGCUUUAUAGUUAUGGAUCAACAAGGGCAUGGACAUGGGCAGCGCACAGCGAUGACUGGUAAUCAAGCUUAUGGCGUAAACCCUUAUCAAUCUAACAAAAUGAUGGGGCCAUCUUCAGGUGGAUCAGUUGGGUUAUUGCAGAGUCCUACUCAAUCAGCAGGCCCGUCUGCUUCACCUCAGCUCGCUCAACACCAACUUGCUUAUCAGCAUAUCCAUCAGCAGCAACAAGAGCAGCUGCAGCAACAACUCAGGACUUUCUGGGCAAAUCAAUAUCAAGAGAUUGAGCAGUCUAGCGAUUUCAAGAACCAUAGUUUGCCUUUGGCUCGGAUCAAGAAAAUCAUGAAGGCUGAUGAAGAUGUGAGGAUGAUAUCAGCUGAAGCUCCUGUCAUAUUCGCCAGGGCGUGCGAGAUGUUCAUUCUAGAGUUAACACUUCGUUCUUGGAAUCACACAGAGGAGAACAAGAGGCGAACGCUUCAAAAGAAUGACAUUGCAGCUGCAAUCACAAGGACUGAUAUAUUCGACUUUCUGGUUGAUAUUGUCCCGAGAGAGGAUCUGAAAGACGAAGUGCUUGCUUCAGUUCCUAGAGGGAGCCUCCCUGUUGCUGGUCCAGCUGAUGGUGUCCCUUACUACUAUGCUGCUCCCCAGGUUGCUCCCCCAGGUAUGAUGGUUGGAAAGCCUGUGAUGGAUCAAGCUGUGUACGGGCAACAACAGGCUCGUCCUUACAUGAAUCAGCCAACAUGGCCACAUCAACAACAACCCCCCAAUGAUUCUUGAGUGGAACAGGGUUUGUUUGGCUUGGAGUAUACAGCUGAAAGAGUUGUGAAUUUUCACUAUAUAUCAUAGUUGCAGGUGGGUCAACAGUCAAUAGUUAUUUGUCUUGAAUACAAUAUCAAUUAAACACUUUAAUUCUCAGCGGGAGAGAUACACAGUGCUUGUUCUUAUUGGUGGUAAUACAUGAUAAAAAAAUCCUUCAAAGGUGCUUGGUACUGUAGAUAGUUAUGUCUAUCUUCACAUUAGAUGUAAGAUUAUAGCUUUCUCUAUUUAUGUCAAUUCUUUUUUUUUUCUUUUUCAA